UACGACGGGUAUGUCAGCAGCCUAUCUAUGGUUCUUGUGAUGUUCGAACUAUGUCGAUUUACGGUAACGCGGAAGGCACGACAUCAAUUUUCGUCGAAAAUCGCGGAAGCACUGUUGUAUAAACGUUAACUUUACGGUCGAUUUUCUCAUCGGCGGACGUACGCGGUUCUUCGUCCCGACGACAUAACCGGAAAUGAUAGCAGAUGAAAGGGUAGCACGUAGUGUCGCUUUGGAACAGGCCUACGUACACGAUGUCUACGAGCAAUUUUAUGACAACCCUCGUAGCAAACCGUGGCCGAAAAUACGAAACUUUCUCGAGGACCUAGAACCAGGAUCUCUGAUCUGUGACGUUGGCUGUGGAAACGGAAAAUAUUUGAACAUAAAUACGUCAAUUUUUAACAUAGGAGGGGAGAAAUCGACUAGACUGGGCAAACUAGCGCGAGAAAAGGAAAAUGAGGUUAUCGAAUUAGAUAAUUUGUCGUUGCCGUUUCGCGAUGAAAGCUUAGACGCUGUCAUAUCCAUAUCAGUAGUACAUCAUUUGGCAACAACGGAAAGACGAGUAUGUGCUCUACGGGAAUUAGCCAGGGUCCUACGUAUAGGAGGUCGCUUAAUUAUCACGGUUUGGGCUAUGGAACAAAGUCACAGGAAAUUCGAAUCCCAAGACGUGUUGGUACCGUGGCGCAAACCCAAACACAUAAGCACGCCUUCUUUGGAAUUAACGUCGACCACAAACACUUCAGAGGAUGACGGACUCCCGCCAUAUCACGCGUAUACUCAGACAUCCGAUAGUGAUUCUAGUAAAUCGUUCAGGUCUAAACUGAUGUUGCCCAAAAAGAGACGAGGCAACCAUCAUCGGAAGGGUCGUUCAAUAGAUCCCGGUCGAAGUUCAUCUCCCAGCAGUUCUUCGUUGUCGUCUCCCAACGAAACCUGUUACAGUUUUGUUAGAAGGGCGAUUCAGAAACUGGCGGGUGGGGGAAGAAGAGUUGCGUCCCACAGACCUUGGUUUUUGGAAAGCUGGACCACUUGUGCCAAUAGACAACCACCACAGAAACGGUACGAUCCGGAUGGAUGUGAGUGUUGCGAGUGUUGUGCCGAAAAUAUCCAAGAUUUGCCUAUAGAAUUACGACGUAUUGAUGACGAUGAACCAUCUCAACCACCACGUCGUCAAACGUUUCCGGCUUCCCAGUUAGCAGCAGACAUCGGCAGCCUUAAAUCAAAAAGUAUGACUAACAUCAAAACUGCCCACGAAAAUAACAACAACAUAGAAAACUAUUUAAGAACGCAAAAGGAUGGCGAAAAGAACCGUAUCAGCUCACCAGACCAUUUAGACGAAACGACACCGAAAAACACACUAAUGAAGCCAAAGCUGGUGAAGCAGAAAAAGUCGGUUUGUGAAGAAGAUGCGGACGAAGCUUUGGAUCAACCUACAGAUAUGAAAAAUUUGAUCACCGCCCUCCCCGACUUCAAAAUUUUUCAUAACAGGUACUCCCGAGUUGGCGUUUUGAAGCAGAGGUCCCUUAACGAAGAUAUUUUAUCAACUGAAAGACUGAGAGAGAAAGAAAGACUUAAAAAGAAUAUUCAGAAGCAGACGUCAUUAAAUGAGGAUCUUAUUUAUCAGAGAUCGCGUACUUUCGAAUCCAUAAAGGAUUCUUUCUUUUCGGUUUCAACUUCGAAGAAAUUUCAACUAAUCAAAAGCGGUUUGACAAACAAAAUAAAAAAUUCUACCAACAUGGAAAAAGUUACCAGUACCUCGUUGAAAAACGGUUUCGUGCGGAUGUUUCAAAACUGGAAGAGCACCGAGUUGGUAUCGCCAACGCUCGACGAGGACGAGCCUGCAGAAAAUACCAAGAAAGUUCUACCACAGAUGGAAGAAAAGAAAGACAACGCGACCGAAUCCACCGAAAGGCGACCUUCCAAAGAAGACGGUUCCGACUCAUCGAAAGACAGCAGUCUUCAGUCCGAUACGAGUGUAGAUUCGGAGGAUUCGUUUGCGUCGGUGAUCUUUGUUCCCAAAUCCGACCCAAUGUCCCCUGCCGGCGGUUUUCAAUCUCCUGGACCUGUUUCUCCGCAUUUCAAGACUUCUUGCUCAUCCGCUCCCCAGUCUCCCAGGAUUAAACAAUCGUCUUGUCCUACGAGUCCCAGAAUUAAACAAACGCCCCUUACUGUAUACUCGCUGACCAAACAGCUCAGUUCGCCUAAGCCAUCGACGGAAUCGCUGUCCGUUGCAUUUUUCCCUGUCAUCGAGAAAGAAAGCUCGGCGUUAGUUCCGGCGCAAAGGAACGGCAACAGAAACGGCAACUCUGGAAGUUUGGCGGAAAAAUAUUCCGUGCAACAAAUACCCAAAUUUAAAAGGACCAGUUUGAAUACUCCUAGUUUAAAUGCCAAAAAUUGCGAUUCGAACAACUCGACGGCGCCGGACCAAUCCGAGAAGUCUCCGGUAGAGGUCGCCCCAUCGGCCGAGGCUACCAGGAGCGAGAGACUGAAAAAAAUCCGGGAGUUGCUGUCCCAGAAACCUGGUUUCGGAGCCAAGUCGAGCAGGUCGAAUUUUCCGAUAGUUCUUCAAACGUCCAUCAACAACGGCAAGGUGGAAUCUAUCGCAAAACCGCUUCCACGUCUAUUAACCCUAGAACUCUUCAACCCUGAAACGGACGACAAAGAUAGCGACUCCAGUUGCGUAUCUUCACCAGACUCGAUAGACAGCGUCAUCAGCGUGCGGUCCUCCGGGCAAAAAUGUUCCCCUCCACCGAUUUCACGGAACAGUAGAUUCCAGUUUCCGCCAGUAAAGAAUUACAAAAGCGAAGGUAAGCCUAUGAGUCUUUUGGAGGCUGCUGCGAAUGUCGCGAAUACCUUGGAUGAAGCCGUGGAAAAAGUGAUUAAAUCUAGUCCAAGGUCCAGGAGGAAAUUGCCAACUGGCGACGUGUUUUCCAUUUUGCAUCGACGCUUUUCUUCUGACACCAGACCGUUACUGGAAGACGACGGCAACUCCAAAUCCACGUGGAACGAGGACUGCCACAAGCAUUUAACUCAGUUCGCCGAUAAACUGAGCGAGAAGUUGCUGAGAGAAAUCGAUCUCUAUCAGGAGAAACAUCGAUUGACGGGAAUUAAUAUCGACGAUCCUUAUAUCCACCGUCUCAGCGAAGAGCUGCACGAUCUGUCCAAAUUGAGCGCGGAAAUACGGAAGCAAAACGAAUAUUUGGUUCGUCUGAGUGUUAGUGAUAACGCGACGUUUCUUUCUUACCCCAAGUGCUCGAGAUGUAAGGCAGUGGCACAGUGCACUUGUAAAACGUCAACCAGCGCCACUGCAUGGACCAAAAAUCGGACUAAAUACGAAGUGCUGGCCAGUUUGGCGGGCGAGAACGAAGACUCGGUGGCGAAUGCGCGCGCCGAUGACAUUCUGCACUGUAGUAGUGACGCGAAUAGUAAAAAUAACGAAAGGAAAUGCGCGGACAGAGUGGCCGGAGAAAGUGAAAAUGACUCUAGCGGAUCGUCGUCACAGGUCAGCAACGGCGGCAGAACCGGUAUUAAAAAAGUUAACUCGUCGGAUUCCUGUGAUUCUUCAGAUAAGGGUAGUAGCACAAAUUCGGUGGUGUCUAGCGUCACGACAUCCAUCAAUUUAGGACCUUCCGUGGAUUCUUCGACGGGCGACUUAUCCGCCGAAUCGUUACACUCCAAAGAGGGCGGUAGCGGCGUCAGUAGCGCCAACUGUGGCAGCACUGCCUCUCUGGUCUCGCUGGAAUCGCGAUUAAACCCGACUUUCAAGAAUCGCUUAGAGGGGUCGCCGGAAACGUUGGCCAAGUCAGCUCUCAAGAGACGCGACAGGUCCACGCUGAGUGAUGCGUCACAAGAUUCCUUACCCUCCGACAACGUUGGAGGCGAAAUCACCUAUCACAGGUACUACCAUGUGUUCCGCGAAGGUGAAUUGGACCAGCUGAUAGAGAAGUACGUCGAAAAUCUACAUAUAAUAUCGUCGUACUAUGACCACGCAAGCUGGUGCAUCGUCGCCGAAAAAGUCCAAGUUUGGACCAUCUGACCGGCAUCGUUUUUGCCGAAACGUCGCACAAUGUACAUACUAUUACAGUUAAAUCUCGCCCCCCAUUAAAAUGUUAAAAAGUUUCGUUUUCUUAGGUACAUUGUAAUUGCGGACACGCGUUUUAUUGUUUUAGCUUUGGGAAUGUCUUUAGGGAGGAUUCAAAAACAGUAUCAAAUCCUUGAUAUCAAAAUUAUUAAUUUUGUUGAUAAAUGACCACAAAUGUCGGAAGCUGACGAAACUAUCUUUCGGUUAAUUUAUUGAUUUACGAAAUUCGCGUAAAGUGUCAAAAAAUAGACCCGUAAGUUUCUAAAACCAAUAGAUGAAAUGUUACAAAUAUUUGAAAUCAGAAAAAAAUAUGUUGAACAAUUUGAAUCCAUUACUUUCCACAAAACAGAUUUACGGUCCAUAAAAAAACAUCAACCAUUUAUUGACACUUAACCCAAAUAAACCCAAUUACAAAAGUAACUGGACGGCUACACAGUGGAGUAAAUCUUAUCAAAGUCUACCAAAAAUUCUGAAAAAUAUCUUAUACCUUGGCUUAUUUUUUUUGCAUCCUGAAAGGUGUUUAAAGUGCAUUAUAAUGCUUAGUAGUAAAUAGAAAUAUUAAUUACUGUCCUCAAUAAAAAAAAUUCCUUCCUUGAAAUUACAUUUGUUGGAGACAAAUUAAACUCAUAAAAAAAGAAACGCAAGAGAACCUUUUGCUGCAGGACACUAUAAACUUUAACAAACUUAACGAGUUGUGUGCAGAAAAUAAACUAUUUUUUCAACUCCCUUCUGUAAAAUACCUAAUUAUACACCGAUCUAGGGUGUGCAAAGUGUCACAUUACCACGUCAGUUUCUUGUCCCACGGAUCCGAGUCACUUUGGGCAUUUCCGGGAUAUGGGUGCAAUGGAAUGUUUUCGGACCUCUCGUGCCAAAUAAACUCGACCCAAAUGCCGUUUUGCAUAAUAUACUAAAAAUAGCGUUUUUCAUGGGCUACAUACUAUAGACGAAUAGGUAACUAAUUGUUUUGAUAAAUAUAUGAUGUUUCUAUUAGAAUCACGCAGAUUUGCAUUUUUUUUGUUGCAGAAUACCAGUAAAAUACAACAUUAAAAUUGUUUUGUAUAACAGUAAUUCAAGCUUUUAUAUUUAUUUUUAUUAUUUUUAUUUAUAUUAUUGUAUUUUAUAUUUGUUUUAUCCUUAAAGCUACUGAAUAUAAAUGCUUAUAAUAUUUUUGAACCGACAACAACAAAAACAUGUUCAAAAUGGCCAUUCAAUAUGUGCAUGCGCAUUUUAAAGUUCUGUUUCAACCAAUUAUACUCAAUUCAAUAAUUUCAAACGAACCAAUCCUAAUGACGUUCAACAACCAACACGGCCGCUGACAGUUCGUUGCGUGAAAAAUGCGGUGGUUAUUAUUUUUGCUAAUUAACUAAAAUUUUUGGUUUUUGGUAAGUUUUACCUAAUGGCUCCUCUGUGCACCAUUACUGCAGGUUUCAGUUUCGUCAGUUGACAAACCGUUUUUGAAUAUAACUGGUAAAUGUUGUCACUGAACAUUAACAACGACAAGAUGGGACACUCAGUUUUUCUAUGGUUGUGCUUAGAUUCAACAAUUUGAUAAAACCGGUCUUUAAAUAAUAGCGUCUUUGAUCAUUACCCUCAGAGCAUUCUGCAAAAAAAUUGCUAGAUAUUUGCGUGUUCUAGUUAUUGGGGAUUGCUUCUAGAAUUGAUCUGUCAAGGUAUAACCCAAAAAAUUUAAAGCGAACCAGUUGUGUUCGUAUGAAAGAUACUUUGAUGAGUCUCAUUGAGGAGUGCGAAGAAGGGACCACUUGCUUAACAAUAUGUAAUAUUUUGUGGCGUGAUUUCUAGCUGCUACCGAGACUAGAGACUUCUUUCGCUGUUAAUAUUUGGUGACGUUGUCCUGUGAUGCGACACCCACGAAAUUGCUUUUUGUCGGCAUAUCAAAAAAUAUUUGUGUCCAAUCUAAAAAUUAAUUAAUGUUCUUUGCUGACGGCGUCACGCAAUUGGAAAACUUUUAACGUGCUAUUUUAUGGAAACCUUUGGGGCUAAUUUUUCAUCCUUUAGUAACGGAUUUAAUCCUGAUUAAUGAAUACGAUAGACAAGAAAGGUUACUAUCUGUCUCAGCUAUAUGGUUACAUUGACGGUAGGUCUUGAAUUCUAAUUCCAGUAUAUUGUGUGUUUACCUGUUAUUCCGAGUAGCUGUGAACAUUUGAUCUAAGGGUUACGAUUUACUACAGCCUGUACACAAGCUUGUCACCAAGGGUCGCAAAGGUGGCAAGGAUGUGACCAUUAAGUUAAUAUUCGCAAAUUAUUGAAACAAUUCCUAAAAAUGUUGCGUGUAGGCUAUUAUUUUCCAGUGGCGUGACGUAUAUCUUUAAACAAUUUUGUAAAACAGAAAAUAUUAAACUUUAAUCGCCUAAACUAAACAUUAGUCGUGAACGGUAAGCUAGGAAAAUAUGAAGUGAAAAUAAGAAAAAAAAAUGUUUCUUGCCGAAAUUUUUUAACCUAUAAUAUUUUAAGCUCAAAAAGUUCUACUUAGCGCAUGUUUUUUUGUGACCCUAGAGGAUAGCUAAAAAAAGUUAGUUAUAUUUUUUAUACAAAAACGAAAACUAUAUCUAUCAUGUAAUUUAUAGAAUAUAUGUUUAAUGGACGCGGUGCUGUUAUUACAAAAUGUCAUACGUCGGACAUGCAAUACAACACUUAUCUUCAAUCCAUAUUUACCUCUGUAUAGGUAGGUAAAACAUGAGGUAGAUAGUUCGAAAAGUGAAUAUUAGUUUUUAUGUUUUUCCUAAAGGACCAUAACAGUUCUUUUGAUCGUUAUCAGCUACUAAUAAUAAAAAAAAUGACAAUAUAUACAUAAGCAACACAUUAGUUUUUGCGCCAUCUAUAGUACAGCAAUAAUUGAAAAAAAAUCGUAGCUUGUUUUUGCGAAAAUUCAAAAUUUGCAUUAAACAAUGGGGUUGCCAUACAAGAUUGGCAUCGGAUUAGCGUCUUUUGAGAGGUUUUUAAACACCGAAAAUAUUUUAUUUUUUCAGUCAGUUUUGUAAUAACAGCAAACCAACCGAAGUUGCUCUAGAAUUUUAUCAUGCGCAAACGACAUUGGCAGAAAAAGUAUUUUCCUAAUGGAAAAAACAAAUAGAAACAGUAAACAAAGUUUGUAAAAUUUUAAGCAGUUCGAAAGAAAACGAUCAUUUCAUCAAUCAGUUGCCAGUUAUAUAUAAUUAGAUUUACUACAGCGUUUAUGUAUAUUAGCUUAAACUUCUACUAAAAUGGUUUUUAAAUUAACCGAUGCAAAUUGCAUUCUAGACCAUAUUGCAAACUUCUGAAUUCAGGUGGUAUUUACUGUGUUUCCUAUGACGAUUUAUUUAAAAAGUUUCCUCCGAUUUUUUUUUGGUACAAAGUCAGCUGAGCCUAUCUGUCUAAAUCCUGAAUGUUUAUUUAGCGCCUUUUCAUCUGUAUCCGCUUUCAAUUCGGGAUGUUUGAUUUUGUGUCAAUCAAUUUACUUAUAAUUUUUAAUACAUAAAAGUAUUAAACUUGUGCCUGUCUUAUAAAGUUUUUUAUACUUAUAGAAGUCAACGAAUAUUUGGUGUAACAAAUAUUUCAUUCUAUAAAUUUUAAAUCUACAAGUUUGCAACUACCUUGUUGUGUUUAAUAAAAUUAUA